GAAGUCGAUUGAACGGCAUCACACAUCAUACCAUCAUAAACCAUGGUGUCUAAGGAAGUAGUGAAGAUUAUCAUUGCUUCAGUUUACCGACUGUUAGUUCUUGGAGUGUUUAUGGCAUUCACUGUCGUUGGCUAUCUCUACCUAUAUCCAGAUGAAGCGUUCCGGAUUCAAAAUCUCUUGGUACUAUUCAAGUAUAUCACAUUUAUAACUCUGACACUGGUACAAGUGUAUUUCUCUGCGGCCACAUUACUUCAAGCAUACAAAGUGUUCACAGUUCAUUCUUACUUCUAUACACUGGCGUUUACAUAUAGUUGGACAAUAGCUAUGAUAUACCUUAUUGUGUACUUGGUUGAUCCAACUGUGGCGACUGAAAAUCCUGAACUGAAGGCCAUGCCUUUAUGGUUCAAUCAUGUAACUCACUUCUUUCCACCAGCGGCAGUUGUUGUCGACGCGUUCGUCUGGAGACCAAAAUCCGUCAGAUUGUUACUUUCCUUCAUUAUUUGUUAUAUUCUGAUGGCAGGUUACAAUAUCUACAUAGAAGUUUCAAUAUCGGCAUUCCACUUCAGUCCAUAUCCAAAACUUGACAAAAUACCAACUGGUUAUCGAUUUCUGGUUUAUAUAAUUUCUUGGGGAUUGGUCAGUGUAUUCACUGUAUGCAAUUUCUACCUACUUCGUCUGAUCAAUCGACGGACCAGCGAUGCUGAACAAUCAAUUGAGGAUAAGAAAUAA